UGUCAUAUGACCUUUUUGGGGCUAAUCACGUGACUGAGCUUGAUGUUUUCCCACAGUCUCUGCUUUCUGUACACUUCUGCACUCCUGCCCAACUUAAAGACGUCUCUCUGAUUAAAGAGUGACAUUUCUGCCGUCGCAUUAGAGUCGGCAGAGAACAUGGGGCUGUGUAGAGAAGCUCUGGGUUUCCUGUUACUGUUGGCCUGUCUGCACUCUGCUCACUCACGGGGCUGCUCGUCUUUUUUCUGCCGAAAGUCUCACCGUGUCAGCGACGUGAAUGGAGUCGACCCCGGGUCUCCUCUGUUCCUCACUCCUUAUCUGGAGAAGGGAGCAAUAGAUGAAGCACGGAAACUGAGUCUGGUAGGAGAUCUGCCAGGUGCCAAUGUCAAGAGUUAUGCUGGGUACCUCACGGUCAACAAGAAAUACAACAGCAACCUGUUCUUUUGGUUCUUCCCUGCACUCAUGGCCACCCAAGAUAAAGCUCCGGUGCUACUCUGGCUGCAAGGCGGCCCCGGUGGCACCUCCAUGUUCGGUCUCUUUGUGGAACAUGGACCAUAUGUGGUGUUUAAGAACCUGACAGUUGGUUCAAGAGAUUACGCGUGGACAUCCAGGUAUUCAGUUUUGUACAUUGACAAUCCGGUUGGAACAGGUUUCAGCUUCACCAGCGAUGACCAAGGUUUUGCUCAGAACCAGGAUGAUGUUGGCAGAGAUUUGUACAAUGCUCUAACACAGUUCUUCCAGAUGUUCCCUGAGUACCAGUCUAAUGAGUUCUAUGCAACUGGAGAGUCUUAUGCAGGGAAGUAUGUUCCUGCCAUUUCCUACUACAUCCAUAAAAACAACCCCACUGCCAAAGUUAAAAUCAACCUAAUUGGAAUGGCUAUCGGUGACGGGCUUUGUGAUCCAGAACUGAUGCUGGGUGGUUACGCUGACUUCAUGUACCAGACAGGCAUGAUAGAUGAACUCCAAAAACAGUAUGUCAUCCAGCAGACAGACUUUGGGGUUAAACUCAUCCAGCAGCAGAAGUGGGUGGAGGCUUUUGAGGUUUUUGACAGUCUGCUGAAUGGUGACGUGGAACCAUAUCCUUCCUUCUUCCAAAAUGCUACCGGCUGCACUAACUACUUCAACUACCUGCAGUGUCAGGAGCCUGCAGACCAGGAGUACUUCUCCCAGUUUGUGACACUGCCGGCGGUGCGACGCUCCAUCCAUGUGGGGAACCUGACGUUCCACGAUGGGUCAGAGGUGGAGAAGCACCUUCUGCAGGAUGUCAUGAAGAGCAUUAAACCGUGGCUUGGAGUAUUGAUGGACAACUAUAGGGUCUUAAUCUACAGUGGUCAGCUGGAUGUGAUUGUAGCAGCCCCUCUGACUGAGAGAUUCCUGCCAACCGUCAACUGGACGGGGGCAGCUGAGUUCAAAACGGCUCCUCGCUUCCACUGGAAGGUCCAACCCAGCGACACAGAAGUGGCAGGUUAUGUGAGACAAGUGGGAGAGUUUUACCAGGUCAUUAUUAGAGGAGGAGGACACAUUCUGCCCUACGACCAACCGGCGAGGUCCUUUGACAUGAUUGACAGAUUCCUGUCGACAAGGGGCUGGAUGUGAUUUUAAGGGUGUUGGUACUGAAACGCAGCUGAACAAAGCACAUCCACUUUAAAAGGCAUAUUUUUGAUUAUUGACUGUUGUUUUGAAAGACUGAUGACUGUCUCAGGCAAAGUAAAUCGGCAUGUUAGUGGAUUUAACAGCUGAUCUUUUUUUAUUUUAAUUUUUUUAGCAGAGGUAACAUAUGCUCUCCGAUGCACUGUAAUUCAAAUAAGACUACUCUGCCUGGAUGUAGAUGUCUAAUUUCCUCCACUAUCAACAGCUCCUGAAUAAAAAUAAUAACAACUAACAAUUCAGACGUCUUAUCAGGCCUUAUCUUAUCAAGUUCAACUGAAAUAUUGUGUCUCUUUUUUUUUGUUUGUGUGAGGAAAAUACUCCUUAUGAUGCAAUACAUCUGAACAUGCUUGAUGAUGAAACAUAAAGACCAGCUUGAAACCAAAGAUGGAAUAAAAAAUGUUUUUCUUUUUUUUU